GUCGAAAGAGAGUAUGUAUCAUGCUCUGGGCUACAGCACUAUUUUAGUAAUGCAGGCAGCAAUGACCUUUGAGCACCAGGACAUCCAAAAUGGCAUUACCACAAUGAAGGAAGCUUUACAAACCUGUCAAAAGUUCAGGAAAAGAAAUACAAUGGUAGAAUCUCUGUCAAGUCUUAUUACCAAGUCAUCAGUGGAUCAGCUGAGUGAAGAGGAAAUGCACGCAGAAAUCUGUUAUGCGGAAUGUCUACUACAGAAAGCAGCUUUGACAUUUUUACAGGAUGAAAACAUGAUCAACUUCAUCAAAGGUGGACUCAAAAUUAGAACAAGUUACCAAAUAUAUAAGGAAUGUUAUUCUGUUCUGCAAAUGACUCAGGGCAACAAAAAACAGAAGGAAACCUAUUACCAGUUUGAAGGGGGAGUAAAGCUUGGAAUAGGAGCAUUUAACUUGAUGUUAUCUCUGUUACCAGCAAGAGUUCUUCGACUAUUAGAAUUUAUUGGGUUUUCUGGAAACAGGGAACUGGGCCUCAGCCAAUUGCGAGAAGGUGCAUCUGGAUCCAGUUUGCGAUCUACACUGUGCUGUUUAACUUUACUCUUAUUUCAUACUUAUGUCUCACUAGUCCUUGGCACAGGAGAAGCCAAUAUUGAGGAAGCCGAGACUCUCCUUGAACCCUAUCUCCAGAGGUUUCCAAAUGGCUCUCUAAUUUUGUUUUAUUCUGCAAGAAUAGAACUCCUCAAAGGAAAUUUUGAAAAGGCUCAGGUAAUAUUCCAAAACUGUAUUGCAUCUCAGGAAGAAUGGAAACAGAUUCAUCACCUCUGUUACUGGGAGCUGAUGUGGUGUUAUACAUUCCAGCAAGAAUGGCUUAAGGCAUAUCAUUAUGCUGAUCUGCUUUGCAAAGAGAGUAGAUGGUCCAAGGCUAUAUAUGUAUUUCAGAAAGCUGCAAUUUUGAGUAUGCUUCCAGAUGAAGAUGUGAAGCCAACUGGAGAGAACAUUGUGUCUUUGUUUAGGCAGGUGGAGGGCUUGAAGCAGAGAAUUGCUGGCAAGUCUAUCCCAACGGAGAAGUUUGCAGUGAGGAAGUCCCGGCGUUAUUCCAGUUCGGCCUUUCCUGAAAAGCUGAUUUUACCUGCUCUGGAAAUGAUGUAUAUCUGGAAUGGUUUUACAGUAGUGGGCAAAAGACCUGAUCUCACGGAAAAUCUCUUGAUCACCAUUGAAAAAGCAGAAACAACUUUACGAAAUGAAAUAAGGAAGGAUGAAGAAGAGAAUGCAACAGUAUGGGAACAUACAAAGAGGAGGGAAAGCUUUUCUCUGUUUCAAAAAGAGUCAAAUAAAAAGUGCAAUGAUUACUUCACGGAUGACCAGUGUUUGGUGCAGUUACUGAAAGGUCUCUGUCUGAAGCACUUAGGACGCCUCUUACAAGCUGAACUGUGUUUCAAUCAGGUUAUUCAAAGUGAGAAGCAACUAAAAUUUGACCACUAUCUUGUGCCAUUCACUUUGUAUGAACUGGGACUUUUAUACCAACAGCAAGGAGACACGGAGAAGGCAAUACGCAUAAUAGAAACUGCAAAAACCAACUACAAAGAUUACUCUAUGGAGUCCAGACUUCACUUUAGAAUCCAUGCAGCACUCAGCAGUCUGAGAGGCUCUCCUGCUUCAACUCCUUGAUGGAAGGCACCUUGGUGGAAGAGUCCUCUAACCUAGCAGGAGCUUCUCUCCUCUAGAGAAGUCCUUGUAUUAAAAUGGAUAAGUGAUCAUGUACAUGAGAGAGAGGGAACAAGCAAGUUGAUUUUAUUAUCAAUGUUUUCUUUCAUCUAGUUCUGUUUGGAUGUUGUCCUCUUGUUUCCAGGUUUUGUCUUUUCCCAUGGAAUUAUACCAUAGCUACUUUGUUCAGUCUUUUAUUAGAAAGUAUUUUGUCUUAUAAGAAGAAACUUCAUGUUAGACUUGAAUUGGGCUGUGUGCAGGGGGGGUAUUUUAAGACUUG